CCUGUUUUAUAACAUCUUCCCGGUGUCUCUGAGUCUCCUCAUAGGAAGUAAUUUCCCGAUCAUCAUUUGUGUCCUGCUGCCGCCAUCCCCGAGCCCGAGCCUCCGAACCUCCGCCCCGCGAAUCCCGACCGAUAAAGAACCACCACCACCGCCAGCCUCGCCAUUGCGCCAUACAGAUUCUCCCCGCUAGCCAUUGGCGCUCCCCUUUCUAUAAAACGCCCGAUCCUGCACUCGAAAUCCUGGUGCUGACCCAAUCGGAACGCCCUGAGCAAGCCUUUCCCCCCCUGCACACAACAACACCCUGCCUAUACCACUACCGCUACCAUCCAAGAUGCCUUCGCCUGUGGACCCUACUCUUCAAUUCGACUCCAUUGAAGACACGAUAGCUGCGUUCAAAAACAACGAAUUCAUCAUCGUCCUCGACUCCCAAGACCGCGAAAAUGAAGGCGACCUCAUCAUCGCCGCCGAAUCCAUCACCCCCGCGCAAAUGGCCUUCCUGGUGCGCUACACAAGCGGCCUAAUCUGCGCCCCCAUAACCCCCACACUCGCCUCCCGCCUGCACCUCCCUCAAAUGGUCACCCACAACGCCGACCCCAAGGGCACAGCGUACACCAUCUCCAUCGACGCCUCCGACCCCUCCGUGACAACCGGCAUCUCAGCCCAAGACCGCGCCUUGGCCUGCCGCACCCUCGCCUCGCCCACCGCCCACCCCGACGACCUCCGUCGUCCCGGUCACAUCAUCCCCCUCCAGGCGCGGCCCGGCGGCGUGCGCGAACGCAGAGGCCACACCGAGGCUGCGGUGGAGUUCUGUCGUCUGGCCGGAAAGGCGCCUGCCGGUGUGAUUGCGGAGUUGGUAGAGGAUGGGGAGACGGUCCCUGGCGUUGCGGAGAUCGGGGGCGAGAAUGGGAUGAUGAGAAGGGAUGCUUGUUUGAAGUUCGGGAGGAAGUGGGGGAUUAAGGUGUGUACGAUUGAGGAUUUGGUGGAGUUUGUGGAGAGAGAAGAGGGGGGAAAGAAUGGGAGUGUUUAGGUUAAGAUGCUUGGUGGGAUGGCGGUUGGGGUUUUUGUAUAUUCUUUCUUCUGUCUUGUUUCCUUCUUCCUUCUGGACACUGCCAACACCGAGACGGUGGUUGAUUGCAUUGUAUAUGGCUGCUUGUGUCUUUGUUUAUUCCUUUUCUUGUUCCCUUCUUUGAUUCUCUCUUUCAACAUUUCAUUGUCUGUUUCUUCUGGCCCCUAUGGAUCACUGCAAAAUAGAUGGAUAAAAAGAGAAAGAGGCAUUGGUGAGGAUUUUCAUUGAAAGCUAUUUCUGGGACUGUAUAUCACUCUGGAUUCUUGAUAGACGUG